AUGCUCAGUCGUAUUUCUGAGUCGAGUAACGUUCUUCAACAGUAUAGGAAGUAUCCAUUUUUUGGCCCAAGAGAGCUUACACCGGCAAUUGUUCGGUCCAUUAAAGAGGCUGACAAGCCAUCCAAGAGGGGCAAGAAGCCUGAAACACAGAAGGGAGAACCGGUCAUUAAGCAAACCAAAGGGCAAACCCCCAAGAAGCGAAAAUCUGAUAAAGCUGCCACUUCUCAGGCUCAACUGAAAAAGCAAAAGAAGCCUGCUAGGAGACUUAUUCUGCAAUCUUCAAGCAAUUCAGAAUAUGUCCCUCCUAAGCACAAGAACACUCCUCCAUCGGAAUCUGAGAGCAAAAGCUCAGAAGAUGAGGCUUCGGGCCGAGGUGAUACUCCGCCUCACUCCCCUACCCCAGAAAUUUCAGUUCGCUAUUCCUUGCAGGCUGUUGCUGCCAAAAACGCUCAAACUGUCAACGCUUCACUAGAGAACCUUCAAAGGUCUCUUCAAUCUGAGCGAUCGAACCUUGAAGCGGCACGCCAAGCCAUUCAACAAGCCAACGAAAUGCUCCAUGCUAAUGUCAACGAUCACUUAACUCAACUGGAAGCGGAGUUAGCUGUGGAGAAUCGCAUUAUGGAUGAGCUCGACAGACGUACUGCCCAGCUUAAAUUGCAAACUCACAAGUUGCAUACUGUUAAUGCUGAGAUUGAUGACCUCAUGUCAGAAAGGGAAGUCAUUAGGAGUUCUGCUGCAGAUGUUCACUCCAUCCUUCUUCAUCUUAUUGAGGCUCAUGAUCCGGUCAUCACUAUAACUGUCAGGCGUCAUCUGGUAGACAAGCUCAGACUGGCAUUGGAUAUACUUAUCCGUAUCGAGGGUGUUCUGAUAAUGAAGAUGAUGUCUAUGCUGAGAAUCCCAAGAAUCCCUUCCAGAAGGUUAAGACUUCUGAAAAAGAAAUGGAAGAAAACAUCAAGAAACAGCAAGCUGAGCUGGAGCUGA